AUGUCAGACCCUCCCCUUCUUAUAGACACAUGUCAGACCCUCCCCCUGCUCCUUAGAGACAUACGCUGCAGACUCAGAGCUGAGACUGCCGCCAAUCGCAUCUGCAAAGUGCUGGCCGUGAACCAGGACAACGAACGACUGAUGGAGGACUACGAGAAACUGGCCAGUCAGUUGCUGGAGUGGAUCCGUCGUACCAUCCCGUGGUUGGAGAACCGAGCCCCAGAGAAGACCAUGGCAGAGAUGCAGCAGAAGUUGGAGGACUUCAGGGACUAUCGCCGCGUCCACAAACCUCCCAAGGUCCAGGAGAAAUGCCAGUUGGAGAUCAGCUUUAACACACUUCAGACCAAACUGCGGCUCAGCAACAGACCGGCCUUCAUGCCCUCAGAGGGACGCAUGGUGUCUGACAUAAACGGGGCGUGGCAGACCCUGGAGGGCGGAGAGAAAGGGUACGAGGAGUGGCUGCUGAACGAGAUCCGGCGUCUGGAGCGUCUGGACCAUCUGGCAGAGAAGUUCAGGCAGAAGGCCGCCAUCCACGAGUCCUGGACCAACGGUAAGGAGGCCAUGCUGACCCAGAAGGAGUACGAGUCUGCGAACCUGUCGGAGGUGAAGGCGCUGCAGCGGAAGCACAAGGCGUUCGAGAGCGAGCUCACGGCGCAUCAGGACCGUGUGGAGCAGAUCGCCGCCAUCGCUCAGGAGCUAAAUGACCUGGACUACUACGACUCCCCCAGUGUGAACGCUCGCUGUCAGAGCAUCUGUGAGCAGUGGGACGUUCUGGGGACGCUCACGACGAGUCGGCGGGACGCGCUGGAGUCGAGACGCACACUCGGACUCUCGGACGCACAGUCGAGACGCACACUCGGACUCUCGGACGCACAGUCGAGACGCACACUCGGACUCUCGGACGCACAGUCGAGACGCACACUCGGACUCUCGGACGCACAGUCGAGACGCACACUCUCGGACUCUCGGACGCACAGUCGAGACGCACACUCGGACUCUCGGACGCACAGUCGAGACGCACACUCGGACUCUCGGACGCACAGUCGAGACGCACACUCGGACUCUCGGACGCACAGUCGAGACGCACACUCGGACUCUCGGACGCACAGUCGAGACGCACACUCGGACUCUCGGACGCACAGUCGAGACGCACACUCGGACUCUCGGAGCCGAGCGGACGCACAGUCGAGACGCACACUCGGACUCUCGGACGCACAGUCGAGACGCACACUCGGACUCUCGGACGCACAGUCGAGACGCACACUCGGACUCUCGGACGCACAGUCGAGACGCACACUCGGACUCUCGUGGACGCACAGUCGAGACGCACACUCGGACUCUCGGACGCACAGUCGAGACGCACACUCGGACUCUCGGACGCACAGUCGAGACGCACACUCGGACUCUCGGACGCACAGUCGAGACGCACACUCGGACUCUCGGACGCACAGUCGAGACGCACACUCGGACUCUCGGACGCACAGUCGAGACGCACACUCGGACUCUCGGACGCACAGUCGAGACGCACACUCGGACUCUCGGACGCACAGUCGAGACGCACACUCGGACUCUCGGACGCACAGUCGAGACGCACACUCGGACUCUCGGACGCACAGUCGAGACGCACACUCGGACUCUCGGACGCACAGUCGAGACGCACACUCGGACUCUCGGACGCACAGUCGAGACGCACACUCGGACCUCGGACGCACAGUCGAGACGCACACUCGGACGCACAGUCGAGACGCACCGGACUCGGACGCACAGUCGAGACGCACAUCGAGACGCACACUCGGACUCUCGGACGCACAGUCGAGACGCACACUCGGACUCUCGGACGCACAGUCGAGACGCACACUCGGACUCUCGACGCACAGUCGAGACGCACACUCGGACUCUCGGACGCACAGUCGAGACGCACACUCGGACUCUCGGACGCACAGUCGAGACGCACACUCGGACUCUCGGACGCACAGUCGAGACGCACACUCGGACUCUCGGACGCACAGUCGAGACGCACACUCGGACUCUCGGACGCACAGUCGAGACGCACACUCGGACUCUCGGACGCACAGUCGAGACGCACACUCGGACUCUCGGACGCACAGUCGAGACGCACACUCGGACUCUCGGACGCACAGUCGAGACGCACACUCGGACUCUCGGACGCACAGUCGAGACGCACACUCGGACUCUCGGACGCACAGUCGAGACGCACACUCGGACUCUCGGACGCACAGUCGAGACGCACACUCGGACUCUCGGACGCACAGUCGAGACGCACACUCGGACUCUCGGACGCACAGUCGAGACGCACACUCGGACUCUCGGACGCACAGUCGAGACGCACACUCGGACUCUCGGACGCACAGUCGAGACGCACACUCGGACUCUCGGACGCACAGUCGAGACGCACACUCGGACUCUCGGACGCACAGUCGAGACGCACACUCGGACUCUCGGACGCACAGUCGAGACGCACACUCGGACUCUCGGACGCACAGUCGAGACGCACAGUCGAGACGCACAGUCGAGACGCACAGUCGAGACGCACAUCGAGACGCACACUCGGACUCUCGGACGCACAGUCGAGACGCACACUCGGACUCUCGGACGCACAGUCGAGACGCACACUCGGACUCUCGGACGCACAGUCGAGACGCACACUCGGACUCUCGGACGCACAGUCGAGACGCACACUCGGACUCUCGGACGCACAGUCGAGACGCACACUCGGACUCUCGGACGCACAGUCGAGACGCACACUCGGACUCUCGGACGCACAGUCGAGACGCACACUCGGACUCUCGGACGCACAGUCGAGACGCACACUCGGACUCUCGGACGCACAGUCGAGACGCACACUCGGACUCUCGGACGCACAGUCGAGACGCACACUCGGACUCUCGGACGCACAGUCGAGACGCACACUCGGACUCUCGGACGCACAGUCGAGACGCACACUCGGACUCUCGGACGCACAGUCGAGACGCACACUCGGACUCUCGGACGCACAGUCGAGACGCACACUCGGACUCUCGGACGCACAGUCGAGACGCACACUCGGACUCUCGGACGCACAGUCGAGACGCACACUCGGACUCUCGGACGCACAGUCGAGACGCACACUCGGACUCUCGGACGCACAGUCGAGACGCACACUCGGACUCUCGGACGCACAGUCGAGACGCACACUCGGACUCUCGGACGCACAGUCGAGACGCACACUCGGACUCUCGGACGCACAGUCGAGACGCACACUCGGACUCUCGGACGCACAGUCGAGACGCACACUCGGACUCUCGGACGCACAGUCGAGACGCACACUCGGACUCUCGGACGCACAGUCGAGACGCACACUCGGACUCUCGGACGCACAGUCGAGACGCACACUCGGACUCUCGGACGCACAGUCGAGACGCACACUCGGACUCUCGGACGCACAGUCGAGACGCACACUCGGACUCUCGGACGCACAGUCGAGACGCACACUCGGACUCUCGGACGCACAGUCGAGACGCACACUCGGACUCUCGGACGCACAGUCGAGACGCACACUCGGACUCUCGGACGCACAGUCGAGACGCACAGUCGAGACGCACAGUCGAGACGCACAGUCGAGACGCACAGUCGAGACGCACAGUCGAGACGCACAGUCGGACUCUCGGACGAGACGCACACUCGGACUCUCGGACGCACUGUGAACUUUAA